AAUUCUGAGGAUGUCCGAUGCAAAUGCAUCUGCCCCCCUUACAAAGACCAUUCGGGCCAUAUUUACAAUAAAAAUGUUUCACAGAAAGACUGUGACUGUCUUCAUGUGGUUGAGCCCAUGCCUGUCCCUGGACCUGAUGUAGAAGCAUACUGUUUACGUUGCGAAUGCAAAUAUGAAGAGAGAAGCUCUGUCACAAUUAAGGUUACAAUCAUCAUAUACCUGUCUAUUUUGGGCUUACUUCUUCUGUACAUGGUGUACCUUACGCUGGUGGAACCUAUACUGAAGAGACGUCUCUUUGGACAUUCGCAGCUCAUCCAAAGUGAUGAGGACAUUGGGGAUCACCAGCCUUUUGCGAAUGCUCACGAUGUGCUGGCUCGUUCUCGGAGCCGUGCUAAUGUAUUGAACAAAGUGGAGUAUGCCCAGCAGCGCUGGAAGUUACAGGUCCAAGAGCAACGCAAAUCUGUCUUUGACCGUCAUGUUGUGCUGAGUUAAUUGUGUCUCAGUAAAAUAACUCCAGGGCAGUAAAGUGGACUGAUUGAAAGAGCUGACAUGUCUUCCUGAUCCUGCCAAUUCAGAAGG